AUCAUCAUCAUCAUCACGUGUAGGUGUCAUCUUUUUCACUCCAGUUUAGUAGCGAAACGUAACCAACUUGGUUUUGUCCCUUCCAAGUGCAGUUGUUCAUCGCAAGCCACCAAACCCCAAACCCCAAACAAUGGCUAAGCGCAAUAGCAGAGCCACACUUCAGUUCCUCUUACGCUCCUUCCCUCACUGCUCAAACAACCCACCUCUUCUCCCUUCUGCAAGGUUGUCUUCUCAUUUUCCUUCGGGUUUUGAUGAAAAACGCAGGUUUUCACAGCGCAAUAUCGUUCACGGGGAUCGGCGAUUUUUGUCGCUUUUCAACCUUGUAAGAAAUUUUGUUGAAACCAAACAAUGGGGUGUUGGAAUUCAGCGCAAAUGCUAUGGUUCAUCGGCGGGGUUGGUUCAAAGGAACCCCAGAUUCUCAAAGUUUAACGAUGAUGACGUUAGAUACUUCGAGGGUAUAUUGGGUAGUAAAAAUGUUAUUCAGGAUGAGGACAAGCUUGCCACUUCAAACACUGAUUGGAUGCAUAAAUACAAAGGCUCCAGUAAGCUCCUCCUACAGCCUAGGACCACUGACGAGGUUGCUCAGAUUCUUAAAUAUUGUAAUUCCAGAUGCUUGGCUGUUGUUCCCCAAGGUGGAAACACUGGUCUUGUAGGAGGAAGUGUGCCCGUCUUUGAUGAAGUCAUUAUCAGUCUUAGUUCUAUGAAUAAGAUCAUAUCUUUCGACAAGGUUAGUGGAAUAUUGGUAUGUGAAGCCGGGUGCAUAUUGGAAAAUAUAAUCUCAUUCCUGGACAAUGAAGGAUUUAUUAUGCCACUAGACUUAGGUGCAAAAGGGAGUUGCCAGAUAGGUGGAAAUGUUUCAACUAAUGCUGGUGGUUUGCGUCUUGUUCGUUAUGGAUCCCUUCAUGGCAAUGUACUUGGUGUUGAAGCUGUUCUAGCAAAUGGUACUGUACUUGACAUGCUUAAGACAUUGCGCAAAGAUAAUACUGGCUAUGAUUUGAAACAUCUAUUUAUAGGAAGUGAAGGUUCCUUGGGAAUUGUUACUAAAGUUUCAAUACUUACCCCACCGAAAUUAUCUUCAGUAAAUGUGGCUUUUCUUGCUUGCAAAGAUUAUAACAGCUGCCAGAAAUUGCUACAGGAAGCAAAAAGGAAACUUGGGGAGAUUUUAUCUGCAUUUGAAUUUCUGGAUAGCCAGUCUAUGAAUUUGGUUUUGAAUCACCUGGAAGGUGCACGAAAUCCGAUACCUACGUCAUUGCAUAACUUUUAUGUUCUGAUUGAGACAACAGGCAGUGAUGAAUCUUCUGACAAACAAAAGCUUGAAGCAUUUCUGCUCGGCUCCAUGGAGAAUGAAUUGAUAUCUGAUGGUGUUCUUGCACAAGACAUAAAUCAAGCAUCAUCAUUCUGGCUUCUACGUGAGGGUAUACCAGAGGCUUUGAUGAGAGCAGGAGCUGUUUACAAGUACGAUUUAUCAAUACCUCUUGAACACAUGUACAAUCUUGUUGAAGAAAUGCGGUCUAGACUAGGUAACACAGCUAAUGUAAUUGGAUAUGGCCACCUUGGAGAUAGUAAUUUGCAUUUGAACGUUUCUACUCCUCAUUAUGAUGAUAAGAUUCUGUCACAAAUUGAACCUUUUGUAUAUGAGUGGACAUCUAAGCACCGAGGGAGUAUUAGUGCUGAGCAUGGUAUAGGACUAAUGAAAGCCAACAAGAUUUACUACAGCAAGUCUCGUGAAACUGUUCAACUAAUGGCUUCGAUCAAGAAUUUGAUGGACCCCAAUCACAUACUCAACCCAUAUAAAGUUCUUCCUUACUCUCUCACUUCAUGAGCUCAUGUGCAAGACUUGAUGUUUUUGCACACUUCCUAAAAGUGGGAGAGUAUUAAAAGUGUUCUUUUACAUUGUCAUAAUAACCAAUUGUGUUGUGCAGUGAAUUCGUAACACUUGUAAUUUACCCUUUUCCCUACUAUUUAUUACAUUGAUUAUCUUUUGUGAGAUCC